GUGUGUGUGAGAGAGGCACUAUGCAGUCAGACCUCCACACACACAGAGCAUGCCUGUGAGUGCGGGCUUGGGCAAACAUGAGCCUUCUCAGCCCAGAGAUCAUCCACAGAAGCAGCCCGCCGAACUCCCGCCUGAGCCCCCCUCCACCCUCCCCCUCUCUCUCCCUCUCUCGCUGCCUCUCGCUCUCCCUCUCCUCAUCUACUCUCGCCCUGCGCAGCCUCGUCCCCGCCACCUCUCCAGCACCAGCCGGGGGGACAGCUCCCGCUCUCCACACGCUGACGUUUGCCGAACGCCGGCCGGCCCCAUGGAGGAACCCCAGGGCAACACACUGGUCGUCCGCAUAGGCAUCCCUGACCUACAGCAAACGAAAUGUAUGAAGUUUAACAUCGAGUCACCCAUCUGGUUGUCUAAACAACGGAUCCUCUGCACACUCAACCAGAGCCUGAAAGACGUGCUGAAUUAUGGACUGUUCCAGCCUGCGUACAAUGGCAAGGCCGGAAAGUUCCUCGAUGAGCAGCGCACACUUAAAGAAUACCCGCUACCUGCCAUCUCACCUGUACCAUACCUGGAGUUUCGCUAUAAGAGGCGAGUGUACACGGAGACUCACCUGGAUGAAAAGCAGCUGUCGAAACUUCACACAAAGGCUAACUUGAAGAAGUUUAUGGAAUAUGUGCAGCAAAGAAAUGUUGAGAAGUUAUCAAAGUUUCUGGAGAAAGGACUCGACCCAAACUUCCACGACCCAGAGACUGGAGAAUGCCCGUUGACCAUGGCGGCGCAGCUCGAAGGUUGUGCCGAGCUCAUCAAAGUUCUGAAGAAUGGAGGAGCUCAUCUGGACUUCAGGACCAGAGAUGGCAUCACUGCUCUUCACAAAUCAGUCCGCACCAAGAACCACACGGCACUUAUUACGCUGCUGGACCUGGGCGCCUCUCCGGACUACAAGGACAGUCGUGGUCUGACUCCUCUGUAUCACAGCUCUAUGGUGGGUGGCGACCCAUACUGCUGCGAGCUGCUGUUGCAUGAUCACGCUCAGGUGGGCUGCAUGGAUGAGAACGGCUGGCAGGAGAUACACCAGGCCUGUCGUCAUGGGCACGUGCAGCAUCUGGAACACCUGCUGUUCUACGGAGCGGACAUGAGCGCUCAGAACGCUUCUGGAAACACUGCCCUGCAUGUGUGUUCUCUCUAUAAUCAGGAUAGCUGUGCGAGAGUGUUGCUGUUCAGAGGAGCGAAUAAAGAUAUCAAGAACUACAACAGCCAAACUGCCUUCCAGGUGGCUAUUAUAGCUGGAAACUUUGACCUGGCAGAAAUUAUUAAGACUCACAAAGCAUCAGAUGUUGUGCCUUUCAGGGAAACGCCUUCCUACACAAAUCGCCGGCGCGUGACUGGAGGCGAGACUCUGACGUCAUCACGCUCGCUGCCUCGCUCUGCUUCCGACAACAACCUGAACAACGUGGGCGACACUGGCCACGCCCACUCCCCCGUGCCAUCUCUGAGGAGCCUGCCCCCUCUGGCGCACUCUGGGGUUGAGGCGGCAGCCGACGGCAGCCUGCAGAGCACGGGCAGCUCCCUUUCCUCACACUCCCGCUCGCCCUCGCUCCAGCGCGUCAGCGAAGAUUCCAGCUCGCACGCUUUACGGCGACACACGCCGCUCACGCACUCCCACAGCCGCGGACGCCUCAGCCCAGGGACAGUCCAGCGGGACCCCAGCCCUCCUCCCGCGGGGCCCUCGCACACACUCUCAGGAGCCCGGGGCCCCAAACGGAAACUCUACAGCGCUGUGCCGGGACGUACCUUCAUCGUGGUCAAGCCGUACACGCCGCAAGGGGAGGGAGAGAUACAGCUGAACCGUGGAGAGAGAGUCAAAGUGUUGAGUAUAGGUGAAGGGGGCUUCUGGGAGGGCACGGUGAAAGGGAGAACUGGCUGGUUUCCUGCAGACUGUGUGGAGGAGGUACAAAUGAGACAGUUUGAUCCUCGGCUGGAGACAAGAGAGGAUCGAACCAAAAGGCUGUUCAGACACUACACUGUGGGCUCCUACGACAACUUUACCUCAUACAGUGAUUACAUCAUCGAGGAGAAGAACGCUGCACUACAGAAGAAAGAGAAUGAGGGAUUUGGCUUCGUCUUACGAGGAGCGAAAGCGGAGACGCCUAUUGAAGAGUUUACACCCACACCUGCCUUUCCCGCUCUGCAGUAUCUGGAGUCUGUGGACGUAGAGGGCGUGGCCUGGAGGGCGGGGCUAAGGACUGGAGACUUCCUUAUUGAGGUAAACGGUGUAAAUGUGGUAAAGGUGGGACACAAGCAGGUUGUGUCACUCAUACGGCAUGGAGGAAACAGCCUCCUGAUGAAGGUGGUGUCGGUCACACGCAAGCCAGAGUCUGAGGAGUCGGUCAGGAAGAAGGCUCCCCCUCCUCCGAAGAGAGCACCCAGCACCACCCUCACACUGAGGUCUAAGAGCAUGACCGCUGAGCUUGAGGAGCUGGCCUCUGCCAGGAGGAGAAGAGGAGAAAGGCUAGAUGAGAUUUUGGCCUCUCAGGAGACAGUACUGAGACCAAAGGUGGAGGCGGACUACAGAGCAGCCACGGUGAAACAACGUCCUACCAGCCGCCGGAUUACACCAGCAGAAAUUAGUACUCUAUUUGAGCGGCAGGGUCUGGCUCUUCAUGGUGCUCUUCACCCAGCGUUAGAAAAAGCCCACAUGCAGCUGCCAAAAAGCAUGGCCAGAACCAAAUCGUUUGGAGCGACUGAAGAGGAUCGACUGUCUGCCCUUGCAGCGGAGCACAGGUUUCCGCGGAGCUCCUCCAUGACGGACACACUGAGAGACAGCCAUAAUAUCCCUCCCCCUCCCCAAACUGCUCCCCCACCUCCCCCGUUGUUUUACUAUCUCGAUACGGGCCCUCCUCCUUCCUUCUGCCCGCCCCCUCCACCUGGCCGAGUUCACGACCCCAGCCGGUCCAGUUUUAAGCCAGGCUCUGAGCCCAGACUGCAUGCCUUGCCGCAGACCAUGUCUGCGGAGCUGUUUGAGCCUCCUCGUCAUGCCGCCCACAUGGAGCGGCAGAAGAAAGCUCGCUCCAUGAUUAUCCUUCAGGACUCCUCCCACCUCCCCGUGGAGCCAACGGACAUCCCGCGGCCAGGUUCAGUAUCGACUCCACCCGAAAGGAUCAAGCGGAAAGGUAGAGUCAUUGAUAACCCCUAUGCCAAUGUGGGCCAGUUCAGCGUGGGUCUGUUCACGCCACCUCCAAGCAAGCCACAGCGAAGAAAGAGCCCGCUUGUAAAGCAACUGCAGGUGGAAGAUGCUCAGGAGAGAGCCUCGCUAGCACUGGCAUCCAUCCAUGCCAGAGAACACUCUCCCUCUGGGCGUCUAGCAGCACACCACACCAGCAGGGCUGAAUUCUACCAGCAACAGCAGCAGCUGUUGAAGGCGCGCAGUCAAGCUCAGGCUGAGGGAUUGUUUCAAGGUAAAGGACCCUUUGCUGCCGCCAUUGCUGAUGCUGUGAAGGACCGCGAACGUCGUCUGGAGGAGAGGCGGAAAUCCACAGUCUUCCUAUCAGUGGGCACCAUGGAGGGCAGUUCAGCUCCACCCCCUGAGGCCCCCUCACUCACUCCAUCACGGUCUGUUGACGAACGAUUGCUCACCCGUGAGCUCGGCCAGUUGCCACCUCCUGCCUUGGCAUUGCGUCCCUCCCCUGGGGGCACCACAUUCAUUCACCCACUGACGGGCAAGCCCCUGGACCCCAACUCUCCACUGGCACUUGCGCUGGCCGCAAGGGAACGGGCAUUAACUUCCCAGAGUCAGUCCCCUUCCAGCAGCCCUGAGCCCAAAACUAAACAUGAAGCUGCUGGAGGGGUGUUCUACAAGGUGACCCAGACCAAAGAGACUGAACGCUCGGAGGGCGAGGGGGGCUUCACCUCACCCCCUUUUUCCCCUGGAACGAAAAAGAUUUAUGAAACCUCCACCCCCACCAGCAAGAUUCAGUGGGGAAGCCCCAUAUCCACCAGGAAAGAAUUGGAGACAAGGACAGAAAGGAAAGAGGACAGGAAAAUUGAGGACAAGAAGAGUAUGAUCAUCAGCAUCAUGGACACGUCUCAGCAGAAAACUGCUGGGCUUAUCAUGGUCCAUGCCACGAGUAAUGGUCAAGCCGUGGGGGCUAGCCCAGAGCAUAGUGCCCCAUCUCCUAAAGGGGCAUUGUCAGAGAGCCCAAAACCUAUGUUGGCUGAAAUAAAGCGUGCUAAGUCCCCUGGUCCUGAUGCACCUUCAAUAUCCACCCCACCUCCAACCUCAACUACAACCACCCAGCCACCUCCCUACCCUUCCUCAAAAACCCUGACUCAGGGUAGUUCUGAGGAGGACAUGGAACCCUACACAGUCACCUUACCACCUGCCAUGCUCUCUUCCAGUGAUGAGGAGACGCGAGAGGAGCUCCGCAAAAUCGGUGUGGUUCCUCCACCGGAUGAAUUUGCCAAUGGCCUUCUUGCAAAGGCACUCGAAAAGGCAGUACCUCCUGCUCCAAUGUUGACGCAGACGACCCCUUUUGUCAUGGCCCCGCCUACUCCCCCUGCCCCUCCAGCGGCAGCUGCCAAAGCAGCACAGGUCCCCGCUAGCAGCGGCCUGCAAGCAGCCUCAGGGAAGCCGUCUGAGUCCCACUUGGGCCCAGAGUCUGCUGCUGACUCUGGGGUGGAAGAGGUCGACACUCGUAGCUCUAGCGAUCACCACCUGGAGACGACGAGCACCAUCUCCACCGUCUCCAGCAUGUCCACUCUGUCCUCGGAGAGCGGCGAGCCUAUGGACACCUACACCACCCACGCAGAUGGCCAGACGUUCAUUCUUGAUAAGCCGCCAGUGCCUCCAAAGCCAAAGCUCAAGUCCCAGCUCAGCAAGGGCCCGGUGACAUUCAGGGACCCUCUACUCAAGCAGUCCUCUGAUAGUGAACUGCUCUCACAGCAGCAUGCGGCCGUUCUGGCAGCUGCUGCGGGAGCCUCAGGCCCGGCCAGACCCCGCUACCUCUUCCAGAGACGCUCGAAGUUGUGGGGGGACCCCGUGGAACCCCGUCCGCUUGCAGGGGCAGAGGAAGGCAAGCCCACUGUGAUCAGCGAGCUCAGCUCACGGCUGCAGCAGCUCAACAAGGACACUCGCUCGCUUGGUGAAGAGCCGCUUGGAGCUUCGCUCGACCCUGGAAGGAAAUCGCCCGUGGUCGGUGCAAGACUCUUCAGCAGUUUAGGGGAGCUCCAUACCAUCUCUCAGAGAGGCUACGGCACCACCUACACCAUCCGACCUGGCAGCCGCUACCCAGUGACCCGCCGAACACCCAGCCCUGGUUCCCCGGAACGUUCAGACCCUCUGGGACCCAUCCGGGGCUUCGGCCUGGCCACUUCCCCCACCACACCCCCCACCAUCCUCAAGUCGUCCAGCCUCAGUCUCCCUCACGAACCAAAGGAGGUGCGAUUCGUCAUGAGGAGCUCCAGUGCACGGAGUCGCUCUCCCUCGCCCGCCCCCUCCCUGGGCAUGCCCUCCCCCCUGCUAGCCCUACGGCCGUUCCACCAGAAACCCCUCCACCUUUGGAACAAGUACGACGUAGGCGACUGGCUGGCCAGUAUAAACCUGGCCGAGCACCGCGAGCGGUUUCAGGAACAUGAGAUUGAAGGUUCCCACCUGCCUGCUUUGACCAAGGAGGAUUUCGCCGAGCUGGGCGUGACGCGUGUUGGUCACCGCAUGAACAUUGAGCGCGCUCUUAAACAGCUGCUGGAGAGUUGACCCUUCACCUCCCUCUGUCUGUAGCUAAACACUGUUUUCUUUCAUUUUUGAGACUUUUCUUUCUUAUUUAUUUGAAGUUGUUUGCCUUUUAAAUUUUUUCAGGUGAUUCUUAAAGGGAUAGUUCACGCAAAAAUUAAAAGUCUGUCAUCAUUUACUCACCCUCAUGCCGUUCCAAACAUGACUUUCUUUUCUGGAACACAAAAGGAGAAAUUGUGAAGAAUUAAAGGAAUAUUUCGGGUUCAAUACAAGUUAAGCUCUUGUGGCAUAAUGUUGAUGGGCAAGUGAAAAUUAAUUUUUGUGGUAAUGAAUAUUAUGCCACAAAUGCUGUUGAUUGAGCUUAACUUGUGUUGAACCCGGAAUAUUCAUUUAACAAUUCCAUGUGUGUUCCAUGGAAGAAACAACGAAGUUUAGUACAACAGAAGGGUGAAUGUAUGACAGAGAUAAAAAUUUUGGGUGAACUAUCCCUUUAAAAAAAACACCCAUUUUCGGAAUCUUUUCAUUGGUGGAGUGGGCGUUGGUUCAUUGCUAUUUUUGAAGCACUCUCCUGAGCCCCUCCCACCUCACUGUCAGCAGCCAAUCACAAGGGUGUUGUGUGUUUGGGAGGGGCUGUGAAUUGCACGAUCACCAUGGCUUUAUUCACACUGGACAUAAAUCUGAUUUGUUUUUCCAAAUCUGGGCCUGUAUUCACAAAAAAUCGUAAGGCUAAAAGUAGCACCUAACAUGGAAAUUUAGGAGCAACUCCUAAAAAUGAGGGGCAUGUCACUCCUAAUUUUAGGACUCGUAAAAUUUCAUCCAAGAGUAAUUCGUGAAGCAUUUUAACACUAAAAGUAGCUCCUAAACACACAACAGCUUAGAAGUCAUCCUGAGGACUUCUAACUCCUUAAGAGUGACUCACAAACGAUCCGAAGCAUAGCUGCUGUUGUAAAUCCUCAUUAAAAACAAUAUAUUAGAAUAUUAUUAUGGCAUUGACCGUUUAAAAAGGUCGAUGUAUUUUAAUAAUAUAUUAUAAUAUUAUAAAUAUUAUAAUGUUGACAUUGACCUUUAAAAAAAGGUAUCGCCUGAAUCGUGAGGGUGUUUUCAUAAUUGUAAACUUAGUUAGAGAUGCAGUUACCUCUCCCAGAAACCGAAACAACCAAAUUACACCGGAGAUAGAUGUUUUGAGAACUCGGCGCUCCCUGGCCACAUUUUACUGUGGAUGCACGCUCGCUGCAGAGAAAAAAAGGGGGCAUUAAUGGGGAAUCACGGCAAUGGCAGGAUUUUGAUGCUGUUGACGGGAUGCAUGCUCGUGUCAUUUCAUCAACACAGGAUGAAGAGUGGGGCCUGGGUAGCUCAGCGAGUAUUGACGCUGACUAUCACCCCUGGAGUCGUGAGUUCGAAUCCAGGGCGUGCUGAGUGACUCCAGCCAGGUCUCCUAAGCAACCAAAUUGGCCCGGUUGCUAGGGAGUGUAGAGUCACAUGGGGUAACCUCCUCGUGGUCGUGAUUCGUGGUUCUCGCUCUCAGUGGAGGCGUGGUAAGUUGUGCAUGGAAUGUGGAGAGUAGCAUGAGCCUCCACAUGCUGUGAGUCUCCGUGGUGUCGUGCACAAUGAGUCACGUGAUAAGAUGCGCGGACUGACGGUCUCAGAAGCGGAGGCAACUGAUACUUGUCCUCCGCCACCCGGAUUGAGGUGAGUAACCGCGCCACCACGAGGACCUACUAAGUAGUGGGAAUUGACAAAUAGCAUUUCCCUGUCGACCAAUCACUGAGGGUGAUUUAAAAGAGGGCGUUCAUAAAAUGUGACGUCAUCCAUAGCAACGAGGUCAACUCAGCCUUACACUUAUCUUAAGAUUUCCUUAGUAAUACUUGCUCUUAGCAGUUUUGUGAAUAGGUUUUAAGCAAAAACUCCUAGCUAGGAACUCUUUGGAGAACUCCUAGUGGUAAGAUAAAAAUCUUUGUGAAUACGGGCCCUGAUCUUUAGGACGGACUUCUGCAAGUGAUGAAACCAGAUCUGUUUGUUUAGACAGUGAAAACUAGUGCUAAAUUUAAAUACAAGUACAUUGUAUUUAUUUUGUGAUUUAACAAUUAAUUUAAUGAUUUUAUAUUUUUUUAACCAUUUCUUUAUAUACUUAAUGCUUUAUUUAAAUGUAUAUUUAUUGAUUUAGUUUUGAUUGAUUUGGCCCUUCAUAUGCAUAUUGCAUAUGCAAAUUUCCUAAAAUCUGAUUUGACAAUCAGUUUUCAAGCCACCAACAAAUGUGGUUUGGAUCAGAUUUGUCAGAUUUCAUAUAGCUAUUUUUUGCUGUUAGACUACAAAAAAUGAAACAGAUUUGAGUGGUAAUUGUUGCUGCCAGUCUGAAUAAUGUCAAUGUAGGGCAUGCUACUUAAUUAUUAAGCUUCAUUAGCAUGAUAAAUGCCCACAAACCACUUAAUUCUCCUUCCAUCCAGUUUUUCUCCUUUGCUAUCUGCUUGUGUCAUUCAUCCAGAAAAAGGAGGGAUGCUGUUGAGAAAAGGAAGUUCUGUUGCCUUUCAGAGUAUUUUUUUAGGAAGUGGAUGAGCAGAGUGGGCGUGGCUGGAUCCUCUCUGUCUGCUGCCCCCUUCUGGCUGAGGGACGUACUACACUUGGAGAAUGUUUAACCAACACUAGUGGCUUUUUCAUAAUCAGACUCUUUCUUUGGGUUUCCAAAGGAAAUAUGACUAAAUAAAAUAUCUCAAUGUAUUUAAAUAGCUUUGAAAAUGGAGAGAGACUAUAACAAGAGGACGGAUCGUGUGAAAACCGCACCUGUCUCUCUCCCUAGAUGAUUUAUUCCACCAAUAAUUUACUCAUUUUUACCAAUUAUAUACAUAUAUAUAUAUUUGACAGAAAAAGUAUAUAGAUAUAUGAAUAUAACAUUUUGUCAUAAAUAUAAAACUUAUAUAUGAUAUAUACAUAAAAGACAAAAAAACACUCUUGAAAAUGAUUUUUUGAUGGUUAUCCUUUUAUGACGGACUGAAGCAUGAAAUGUUCCAUCACCAUAAGGAGUGACGGUUGUCUGGUUUGUUCGAUUUGUACUGCACCACACCCCUUUUUUUAUCUGUUUUUUUUUUUUUUUUAGUUUUCAGAACCUGGUCUUCCAUCUUUAAUUGAACGUCCCACAGUGGGGUGUACACUGUCUAAAUGCAUAAAGGGAUAGUUCACCCAAAAAUGAAAAUCCUGUCAUCUUUUACUCACCCUCAUGUUGUUCCGAACCUGAAUGUCUUUCUUCUGUCUUCUAAAGAACACAAAUUGACAUGCUGCAUGUUCGGCAUCUCAUUUGUGUUCCAAUGAAGAAAAAAAGGUCACAUGGGUUUGGAACGACAUGAGGGUGAGUAAACGACAACAGAAUUUUCAUUUUCAUUGAACUAUCCCUUUCAUUACUUUUUUGUCAUUUUCUGUUGUAAUUCUUUCAUAUGAAAACAAAAAAGUACUCCCAACUCUCAUGCACACAACCACUCCAGUUUCCUGUCAAAAUUUGACUUUGCUUAAUCAAAAGUCUGUUUAGUCUUCUUAAUCUGGUAAUAAGAAUCAAAACUCUGCAAUAAGUGUGUGUGAACAUGUGUGUGAACAUGUGAGGUGUGCAUGACAGAUCCACUGUGGGAUGAGAAACUUCUCUAAUAAUGCAGCUUAGCUCGAUGGUACCGACCGGUGUUCCAAAACUCAUAAAGAAACCCGAAUCUAUAAUUGUAAAAGAGUUUCCGAGCCACUAUAUGACUUAUAUAUUAACCUGCUGUAAGCACGGAAGCAUUUGGCCCUUUUUUUCUUAUUCAUAUGUGGAUUUUGUAGAUCGUGAACAAUUAUGCUUAGAAUAAUUUUUAUGAAUUCAUUCAGAAUUAAUUUUAGAAUGACUAUUUAAAAGAUGAAGCUGAGGGCAGAUUAUUUAAUGAAGAAAAAAAAAAAAGCCCUGCGGAGAUCCUACAGCUGUAUAUAUGGACAAAUGACUAAAUAUUUGCUUUUUAUAUCAAUCA